CUUCAGUUAUCAGUAUCAGCCAGUCUCUCAGGACUUAAGUUCCCCAAAGCUUUCAAAAUGAAAACCGUUUUCGUGUUCGCUUUCUUCAUUGCUCUGGCUUUGGCCUUCGGCGAUGAUGGAGCCUACACAUACAAUGUUGGACUCGACUACAGCGAUGGACCAACCGAACAUAAGCGAUUGGCCGAAGAUGUUGAAGCUCUCGUUGUCCGUGGCUAUAUUAGCUUACUUCUUGCUACACAACAUCGAGCCCGAAACUGGUCGACAAAAAAAAGCCACACAACAAAACUGUGUUGCAAAUACGUCCCGUGGCUCAUACACCUUCACCUCUAACGAUGGCCAGGUCUACACCGUCAACUACGUUGCUGACGAAAAUGGAUUCCAGCCAGAAGCUGCCCAUCUGCCCAAGUAAUAAGGAGGGAAUAUCCUACCGGAGAAAGAAGACUCACUCUCCCAAACAGGAACACACCCCAAA